CUCUUUCUCUCACGCGCGUGCACACGCAGGAAACAGAUGUCACAGCACUGAGCAUGUCCAUAAGAUGUUGGAAGAACCCCCUUAUUGAGGGCUGAAGAUAAGUAAGAGCCCACGGCUGAAAAUUCAGUCAUUGGAACAGAUCUGGAAACUUCCCCUGCACAGCGGUUGCUGAGACACAGACAGGAUUUUUACACAAGUUGGAGAUGUGAUUCAUCACAAAGCAUUCUUCCAUGAGUGUGUACCAGACCAGUGGAUGCCAGAAUUGUCUCAGUUCCAAAGAACUACUUCCAGAAAGGCAAAUCCAUGAGUGAUUGUAUCCAGAUGGGAUUUCGUAUUAUUCCUACUUGGAUAAAUCUACAGAACCCAUCUAUGGAUCCCAAAGAAGAUCUCGUGGACAGGGACAUCACUCUGACUGUACUACUCCCAGGAGGACAGGAGACCACAUCCACAGUGCAUGGAAGGCAACAGUUCGUCUUCUGAUAAACUACAAGAAGUCCCAUAAAGGCAGUAGUACGGGUCAAUCCUACUGUGCCGCUGGCUGAGCUGAUGCCCACAGUGUGUGAGAAGUGUGAGUUCGACCCUGAUACCAGCAUCUUACUGAGGACAUAUCAAUCAGAGGAACCUCUGGAUCUAACACAAACACUCAGUGACUAUGGAAUCAGGGAGCUGUAUGCUAAAGACAUUAAAGGUGGUGAUGAAGAACAGAAAUCCCCAGUCAAAGAAAAGAAACACAGAGAGAAGGGAGACAAAGGUUUCUUUGGAUUAUUCAAGGACAAGAAAACGUCCGAGCAAGUUUGUACACCUGCUGUGGCUGGCAGUGCUCCUGAACAGAACAGCCAAUGUGCGGACAGGGUGAAUGGUGUUAAUGGCCACUUAACCUUACCCAGGGUCACUGCCGACAUGCCAAAGAAGAGACGAGCUCCUCGGCCUCCUUUGACGGUGUCCCAGAAUGUCACUUCUGGACUUCACACCAGAAAUUUUUCUGAUCUGUCAAAGAGUGACUCUUCUGGAAAACAGGGUCAACUCAGUCGUUUCUCAUCCACUGAGUCCUCCCUUAAAAGGUCUAAACGGAGAGCUCCGCUUCCACCUCCACUAUGUGAUGGCCCCACCACGUCCGAUUCAGAUAACAAAGUGCUGGUUUCCUAGAUGUCAAGUAUAUGCAGUUUCAGCAUAGAAUCAAGCUUGAACAAAUGAGGGGGAGCCUAACAGGCAGCACAGUCUCCUUUCCUCCUCUUCUCCUCCAUGCAUGCUUCUCUGUUCCUGCUUUCAUUCACAGGCUAUUUGUUCUCUGUGUCUUUACCUAGCCUUCGUGUCUUAUGCACGUUGCACUGAACUAAAGUUCUCGUUGAGUCUUGUUUUGUUGUUUAAUUGACUUCCUUGCUUUAUGUCACUCCCUCUUACUUUAAACUGUAAUGUGAAGUCUUUUUCAGCUUGUUAUGUAGUAUUCUGGAGGAUAAAGGAAUGCACACCCAUGCAGGUCAAUAACAGUCAGAGUCAAUUUAUGCCUUAAAUAGAUUUCAUCAUUGUUUGUAGGUUCUAAUAUUUUUAAUAUAAAGUUAUUUCAGUGUUUGUGUAAUCUGUAGCACUUUAACACAAUUAAAUGUUGAUUUUGAGCCAGGGCUCCCAAGAUGGUUGUAAUCAGUGUUAGAUAUUUUUAUCUAUGUAACUGCGGUUCAGAUUAAUUCAAUUCAAUGUAUUUUUUUAUGUUGGGUUAAUAAGGAAUGAUUUAAUAAGUUAAUCUUAAAUUAUUCAGAAUUCAGAAAUUCCAAAUGAAUUCAUCAGCCACAAAUAAUCUACAUUUUUUGAUUAAAGCUGUUAAGUUUUGCUUUUUGUUAUAAUAAUUUUAAUGUUAUAUUCAUUGUUGUUUGUAUAUUUGUUUCAUUGUUUGUUUUUUGCAGUUAUUUAUUUUUUGCCAAAUUAACUUUUGAAAUUCAAUUUACUAAUACUGAUUCAUAUUUGAA